UUACUCUUUUUCGGCUUUCGGCUCCUCACUUCCACCUGACAGAUCAACGCUUCAAGAGUUCAAGACAACAUAGAACAUCGGUCCUAAUCCUGAUUAUAAUUUAACCCCUCCACCAUUCAGUAAUUUCUAGGUUCAUUUGUAGUGAAACAGCAGUGUUGACGACAACUGUGGGUGGCUGAAAAUUUCUAUUCACGAACGAUAAAAAAUAGUGUAUUUUCUCUCAAAAAUGGCUUGGUCGUAUUUACGCUUGAGUUGUAGCACGUUAGGAGCUAUACUUUUCGGUCUCUUAGUCGUCACCAAUCUGUCUUCAGCUCUCAAGUUGGAUGAAUGUGAAGUUUGUAUAACUGUGAUGGAUAGAUUCGCUAACAGCUUAGAAAGUGAUGUCAAGAAGGAUCCAAAGGCGAUUGAGACUGAAUUUAGGAUCUUUUGUAAGGGUACGAAAGGAAGGGAGAACCGACUGUGCUAUUACAUGGGGGGUUUGGAAGAGUCUGCCACAGGAACGUUAGGAGACAUGUCAAAGCCCAUGUCGUGGGGAUUGCCCGGCGAUAAGAUCUGUGAGAAGUUGAAGAAAAAGGACUCGGCAAUCUGCGAACUUCGAUACGAGAAAACGAUUGAUCUGAAGACAGUGGAUUUGAAGAAACUAAAAGUUCGAGAUUUAAAGAAGAUUCUAAACGAUUGGGACGAAAAUUGUGAAGGUUGCAUUGAGAAGUCAGAUUUCAUCAAACGGAUUGAAGAAUUGAAACCAAGAUACAUGAGGAACGAAUUGUAACAAUGUCUGUUUUUAAGUUACUCAAUUUGAUACGUGGUAAAAACCGGGGUCAGUGGUACGUGUUGUUAUUUAUUGGUAAUUAUUAUAUACCAGUGUGUGUAUGGGUGUAACUAUUUGUUAAGUUGUUACGUUAACUUCGGCUCCUUUGUUGCACAAAACACUUUUGUAACAAAAUCUAUUCAAUGGCUUUAAUUACGACAACUAUGCAUUACGUUAAUAAAAAUUUGGCUACGAUAUAUGAGUAAACGAAG